AUGGGCUUGACCAAACAAUACCUACGCUAUGUGCCCGGCCCCGUGUUUGGUGUGAUUGGCAGCCAGAGAGCGAACAUUUGCUACGUCACGCUACGCGGUGGUGAGCAGGGCCGCCAUGUGGCUGUGGCGGCGUGUGAACAUGUCUUUAUCUGGGACACCCGUAAAGCUGAGAAGGUGAUGAUCCUCUCAGGCCAAAAACACGAGGUGACCUUCCUGCAGCCAUCGCCUGACAGCAUCCACUUGGCUGUGGGAUAUGAGGAUGGCGCUGUGCGGAUAUUCAGCCUACUCAACGGGGAGAGCAAUGUCUGCUUCAACGGUCACAAGUCAGCCGUCAUGUCAAUACGCUACGAUGCACUGGGAGCCAGACUCGUCACCGGCUCUAAAGACACAGACGUCAUCGUGUGGGACGUGAUCAAUGAGUGUGGCCUUUACCGACUGCGAGGACACAAAGAUGAGGUCACGCAAGCACUCUUCCUCAAAGACAAGAACCUCUUAGUGACCAGCUCCAAGGACAGUUUUGUCAAGUGGUGGGACUUAGACACGCAGCACUGCUUUAAGACCAUGGUGGGCCACCGCAGUGAGGUUUGGGCCAUGACUUUUCUCAAUGAGGAGCAACGGCUGCUGACUGGCUCAGCCGACAGUGAGCUUCGAGCGUGGGACAUUAACUACCUGCAGGAGGAGCAGGCUGAGGGUGAGCCUAAAAUAAAGAAGGGCAAAAGUGUGCUAGAGGACGACGAAGGUGACGGGAAAGAAGAAGAUGCGGAUGAGAGUCCUGAAGAUCGUAUUUUGACGUGCACAAAAGCAGGGUCCAUCCUCCGUGAGGCCAGAGACAGAGUUGUGUCUUUGACCACUGACAGCAAGGCCAGAAUCAUGGCAUGUCAUGGCAACAGCAUGAUCCUGGAGGUCUUCACUGUGCUGUCAGAGGAUGAAGUGCGUAGGAAGAUGGCCAAGAAGCUGAAGAAAGCCAAGAAGAAGGCGGCCAAAAACACUGAAGAUGACAAUGAGGCAGAGGAGCCGGUUGUGGAAAAGACUCUGAAGGACGAGAUCAUCCGACUAAGCAACAUCAAAGCCUCCUCCAAAAUCAGGUGGGCCGACUGUCUGUCAUGCGCUGGCGGUGAGCUGAAGGUGGCGCUGCUGUUGCAGAACAACACGUUGGAGACGUACAGCCUGAAGACGCGAGACAAGGCUACGGCAGCCGCCAACAAAACAGCACGCCUCACGUUGGGUGGACAUCGCAGCGAUGUGCGCACACUGGCCUUCAGCUCGGACAACCUGGCCCUGCUGUCGGCGUCCGGGGACACCGUCAAAGUGUGGAACAGGUCGACGCUGCAGGUUGUGCGCACCAUGGCGUGUGAAUAUGCCCUCUGUUCCCUCUUUGUGCCUGGGGACAGACAGAUCAUCCUGGGGACCAAGUCUGGUAAUCUGCAGAUUUUUGAGUUGGCCUCGGGAAGCCUCCUAGAGACACUCAAUGGCCAUGAUGGAGCCUUGUGGUCCAUGUGUCCCGCACCUGACCAGCGGGGGAUUGUGACAGGAGGUGCAGACAAGACGGUCAAGUUGUGGGACUUUGAGCUGGUGAAAGACGAAGCCAGUGGACAUAAGAGGUUGACGUUAAAGCAUACACGUACAUUACAGCUUGAGGAAGAUGUCCUGUGUGUCAAGUUCUCUCCCAAUCACCGUCUGUUGGCUGUCUCCCUGCUGGACUGCACUGUCAAAAUCUUCUACACAGACACGCUCAAGUUCUUCCUGUCGCUGUAUGGACACAAGCUGCCUGUUCUUUGUCUGGACAUCACACACGACAGCACACUGAUCGCCACAGGCUCUGCAGAUCGCAACGUCAAGAUAUGGGGGCUAGACUUCGGCGACUGUCACCGGUCAAUGUUUGCGCACGACGACAGCGUCAUGUUUUUGCAGUUUGUUCCCAAGACGCAUUUGUUCUUCACGGCGGGAAAGGACAAGAAGAUUAAGCAGUGGGAUGCCGACAAGUUCGAACACAUCCAGACUUUGGAGGGCCACCAUCGCGAGGUGUGGUGUCUGAGCAUCAGCCCCAACGGCGACCAUCUGGUGUCGGCAUCACACGACAAGUCUUUGCGACUAUGGGAGAGGACCAGGGAACCCAUCAUUUUGGAGGAGGAACGGGAGAUGGAGAGAGAGGCAGAGUUUGAGGAGAGCCUAGGCAAAGGUGACGCUCCCGUGGUGCCCGGAGAGACACAAGGCGAAGCCGCGCCAGCCGGCAAGAAAACGGUGGAGACUGUCAAAGCUGCCGAACGCAUCAUGGAGGCUUUGGAGCUCCUCCGCGGGGAGAACAGAAAGAUGGAAGAACAUAAAUACGCAUGUGAGCGAGCAGGAAAAGAGUUGGCACUCCCCAAACCGAAUCCCAUUCUUGUGGCCUUUGGAAACAUUUCUCCGUCACGCUACAUUCUUGACGUCAUCAAGAAAGUCAGAUCCAGCGAGCUGGAAGUGUCUCUGCUGGUUUUACCAUUCCCGUAUGUUCCGGACCUCUUGGAACUUUUCAACGGCUUCAUCCAGCAAGGCCUGGAGGUAGAACUUGUGUGCCGAUGCCUCUUCUUUCUGCUCAAAAUUCAUUUUGGUCAGAUCUCCAGCAGCCAGAAGCUUCUUCCCAUUAUUGACGAUCUGCGCACCAACACGCUCUCCAAAGUGCAGGACAUUCACGACCUGAUGGGCUUCAACAGCGCUGCCCUGCAGUUCCUCCAGCGCGAGGUGGAGAGCAAGGAGGAAGUGAUGUUCUUUGCCGAAGCCACAGGACGACUGGCGGAUAAAAAGAAGCGGCGGAGGAAGCGCGAAAGGGUCAUCCUCACCAUUGCUUAA